AUGGAGAAGUACGAGAAGAUCAAAGUUGUCGGACGAGGAGCUUUCGGGAUCGUUCACCUGUGCCGCCGGCGCAGUGACGGUGCCUUUGUCAUCCUGAAGGAAAUCCCAGUGGAGCAGAUGUCACGAGACGAACGUCUGUCGGCUCAGAACGAGUGUCAGGUGCUGAAGCUGCUCCACCACCCGAAUAUCAUCGAGUACUAUGAGAACUUCCUGGAAGACAAGGCCCUCAUGAUAGCCAUGGAGUAUGCACCAGGUGGGACCUUGGCUGAUUACAUACAGAAGCGCUGUAACUCUCUGAUGGACGAGGACACGAUCCUUCACUUCUUUGUGCAGAUCCUACUCGCCUUGUACCACGUCCACAACAAACUCAUCCUGCACAGGGACCUCAAGACGCAAAACAUUCUUCUCGACAAGCACCAGAUGAUUGUCAAAAUUGGGGACUUUGGCAUCUCCAAAAUCCUCGUCAGCAAAAGCAAAGCGUACACGGUUGUUGGGACUCCAUGCUACAUCUCUCCGGAGCUGUGUGAAGGGAAACCUUAUAACCAGAAGAGUGACAUCUGGGCUCUGGGCUGCGUUCUGUACGAGCUAGCAAGCCUUAAGAGAGCCUUCGAGGCCGCGAAUCUACCCGCCCUCGUUCUGAAGAUCAUGAGCGGCACAUUCGCUCCAUUAUCCGACCGGUACAGCCCAGAACUGCGGCAGCUCAUCCUCCACAUGCUCAAUCUGGAUCCAUCCAAACGUCCUCAGCUCAAUGAAAUAAUGGCCCUCCCCAUAUGCAUCAGGCCCCUGCUUAACCUCUACACAGAUAUAGGCAACGUCAAAAUACGCAGGAUCGAGAAACCACUGUCAACAAUGCACCCUUGUCACCAAGGCAGAGCAGGAGGCAGAGUUCCCGGAAACAGGUCCAGAGAUGGAUCAUUCGGUUUAGGAUCGGGGAAGGUGCACUCCCUCCCCCUGUCCUCGGUGUACACGUGGGGAAGUGGCAUCUCAACGCCGCUGCGUCUGCCGAUGCUCAACACCGAGGUGCUGCAGGUGUCCCUGGGCCGCACCCAGAGGAUGGGGGUCACCAAGUCCGGCCGUCUGAUCACAUGGGAGGCUCCGUCAGUGGGAUCCGGUGAGGCCAGCCUGCCCGGCGUGGUGGAGCAGAUGCAGCCGCAGUUCAUCUCUCGCUUCCUCGAGGGUCAGUCUGGAGUCACCAUCAAGUCUGUGUCCUGUGGUGAUCUCUUCACCACCUGCAUGACAGACAGGGGCAUCAUUAUGACGUUUGGAAGUGGGAGCAAUGGCUGUCUAGGACACGGUAACUUCAAUGAUGUAACACAGCCCAAGAUAGUCGAGGCCCUCCUCGGCUACGAGCUGGUUCAGGUGUCAUGCGGCGCUUCCCACGUUCUCGCCGUGACAAAUGAAAGAGAAGUAUUUGCCUGGGGAAGAGGAGACAAUGGUCGCCUGGGGCUCGGGGACCAAGACACCCACAACUCUCCGCAGCAGGUGUGUUUACCUGUGGAAUUUGAGGCCCAGAGGGUCAUGUGUGGAGUCGACUGUUCCAUGAUUGUCAGCACCCAACACAGAAUUAUGGCGUGUGGAAGCAACAGGUUCAAUAAGCUCGGGUUGGAUAAGAUAACAGCCGAAGAGGAACCGAAUCCCUCAAAUCAAGUGGAAGAAGUUAAUUCGUACAGCCCCAUCCAAUCAGCGCCGCUCGACUCUGAGAAGAUCAUUUACAUUGACAUUGGAACGUCCCACUCUGUUGCUGUUACAGAUAGGGGUCAGUGUUUCACCUUUGGCAGUAACCAGCACGGCCAGAUGGGCUGCAGCUCCCGUCGCAGCAGCCGUGUGCCCUACCCGGUACCCGGCAUGCAGGGCAUCGCCAUGGCAGCCUGUGGAGACGCUUUCACCUUAGCUAUCGGAUCUGAAGGGGAGGUGUACACCUGGGGAAAGGGGGCCCGUGGCCGCCUCGGCAGGAAAGAGGAGGAUUCUGGGAUACCAAAGGCAGUGCAGCUUGACGAAAGUCACCCGUUCAUGGUGACAUCAGUGGCUUGUUGUCAUGGCAACACUCUGCUGGCAGUGAAACCUUUGCUCGAGGAUUCUGUCCAGAGAUGAUUUUGUCCUGA